UUAUACCUACUCGUUUUUUCAGCGCGAACCUCACAUGGCGUGACAUUCAACAUCUAACGGUAUUGACGUCUAAAAGGAACUCAUUGUAUGACGCAAAGGGUCGUUUUCAUUGGACAAUGAACGGCGUGGGGCUAGAGUUCAACCAUCUGUUUGGUUUUGGAGUGCUCGACGCAGGUGCCAUGACGGCUUUAGCGGCGAACUGGCGAUCUGUGCCCCCUCGGUAUCAUUGCGAAGCUGGCUCUGUUAAAACGCAUACUGAAAUACCAACAGAUGGCAGUGUGACCCUUCGCAUCGAGACCACGGCGUGUUCCGAGUCGGCAAGUGAAGUGCGAUACUUGGAACACGUUCAGGCGGUCGUUAGUGCUAAUGCUUCGCGACGUGGUGACCUCGAAUUCUUCUUAACAAGUCCAAUGGGAACUAGAUCAAUGAUACUAAGCAGGCGAUCAAAUGACGAUGACAUGCGAGAUGGUUUCGUCAAGUGGCCUUUCAUGACGACACACACCUGGGGAGAAUAUCCACAAGGCACUUGGACUUUAGAGGCUCGUUUCAACGGUGGUUCAGGACCCAGUUCAGCAUCAGGUUGGCUUCGGGGUUGGUCUUUAGUUCUUCACGGAUCCAAGGCGCCGCCCUACGCCCAGUUACAGCCCCAAGACCCAAAUUCCAAGCUAGCUGUCGUCAAGAAAGCACACGAAGACAACGCACAUACAAAAUAAGCAAUUUUUCUUAAGCAUUCCUUUUAGCUAGCACGUGAGAAAAAUGGGGCCAAUUUGUUUGAUAUUCAAAUACAUAGCCAUUGUGAAGAGGAAAUAAAUGCUUAAUUUGUUUCUAUGUUUAAAUCGUCAAGUAAAAAUCAAGUUGGUGAAUGAAGAAUUCAGCAUUACCUGUAUAUUUUGAUACGCUUUAUUUUCUUUAUAGUAACGAAGAAACUUAAAAUCUUGUCUUGUCACGUGCUAGAGCAAAAGAGAGAAUUGUUCCGCAAACGUCUUUCAUUCAAAAGUUUAUCUUAACGACUCUUUAGUUAGGUAAUUAUUUAAGUUUCGAAUUUAGAAUACAUGCCAAAACUUGUACUUAUUGUCCUUAUUUAUGAAAGUUUUCAUGCUUUAAUAAUUUUAUAUUUUAAGAUAUAAAAAAAAAUAUUUUUAUUCACGCAAUUGUGAAAAGCUAAACAUUAUAAAUAUCGAUUCAAAAUAGUAGUUGUAAUUCAUACGGGUUUAUUACAAUCGAUCUAGUCAUACAAAGUUUUGAUUUCACCUCACAAGGCAAACACAAGGAAAACAAUAUCAGUAUUACAACUAUUUAGCAUUAUAUUGAUUGAAGAUAGCUUCGUAAAUGACCUUUUUCUCUAUAAUAUAUUUCAUUCAUAUUAAAAAACUAAAUAACAUAUCACACUAUGAUAUAUCCAAUCUUUAAUAAACAAAAAUAUAGAAUCUGUUAUGCAUAAAUCUAUUGUUUUAUAACUACAGUCAACUGUUAUAACGACAUCGAAGGGACUACUCAUAUUUGGUC